AUGAAGAAACGGGUAAGAAAAAGAAAAAAAGCACCAGUGAUGAUAGGAAUAAAAGAAAUAAGGAAAAAACUUCCUUGAACCAAAUUCCAAAGGAAAAAAACAUCAAUGAAGAAGAUGCAGAAAUUGCGAAAAAUGUUAUGGAAUUGCACUCUAAAUGGUAUUGUAACGAACAUGAGAGAAGUUGCUAUGUUGAUUUAACAAGACAUAUUAUCCUUACAACAAAUCAUUUAUCUACAUGGGCGAGAUCUAUUAAAAAUAAUCUGGCUACCUUUGAUGAACCUCCAACAUUGCCAUUAUUUGAUGCUGCAAUUUCAGUAAAGAGAAAUAAUUUACAAAAUUCAAAUAUUUCAACUUCAAAUCCCUUUUACCCUUCUUCAUCUAAUAUUACUACAUCACCAUCUUUUAUUGCUAUGCCUUUUCCCUUUUACAAUCCAGGUAUGUUUAACAAUCAACAAAAUUUACAAUUUCAAGCGAAUUGUAUGCCUAAUAAUUUUUCACAAGUACCACAAACAAAUACUUCACUUCAUGUUUUAUCAAUUGAGGAAUUUUUUGAGAAUUUAUCAAAGGAAUUUGGCGAAAAUAUUUUUGAAGAAGUGAAAAAUAAAUUUAUACAAGAAACAAUUGAUGUUUUGGAUAUAUUUGAUCUUAAAGAAUCUGAUUGGCAAGAUUUAAACGUAAAAAUUGGUUUAAAAACCAAAAUCAUUAGAGAAGCAGAAAAAUAUAGAAAAUAGAUCAAUUAUAUUGUGAUAGUUUGUAAUAUGAAUUUUUUUUUGAUACGAUCAUAAUAGAAGUAAAUAAUAAAAAGUAACUGACGCG